AUGAACACUCCACAGUCUUCAACUUUCGCCGCCGCCGAGUUUAUUACUGAAAACCCCGGAAAACCAGUUCCACAGAAGCCUGUUCGACGGAGAGGCCUGAAUGACCAAAUAAGAUGGGUUAGGGCGUGGAUGGCCAAGUUGCCCCAAGGAGACGAGGACUGGGAUAACAACAGACCUUCAACACCGGAAGACAUUUCACAGUUGCAUGCUCGUUUAACAAUCUCUCACGUUGGGUCACGCAGAAAUAUGGACUGGCACACUCUCCUCGAUGCUUACGCCGCUGCCUCGUCUGGAUUUGAACCAGGAAGAGAGACUCAGACACAUUGCAUGGUCAUGGUCGCGUUAUGUCACGUUGCUCAUAGCCAAGGUUUAACGACGGACGAGGUUAUGACAGCCAUGGCAAAAUGCGUUAGUGGAGGGAGUGAUACACUUAGAUCCAAGCGAUUCGCAUUGCCAAAAUGUGUACAGAUUGGAGACGAGCUCGCUGAAGUAUUAGGGCCACGGGCAUACGAGCUCCCAUUAAGAGUGAGCGCCUAUUUCACCUUUGGUCAACAUUUUACCGCCGAAUGCUUCGACAUACUGCGCAGGGAAUCUGCGGUUGCCCAUCGCCCGAGAAACAAUCUGCCCUCAGAGGCCCUCAGAAUCCCAAAUCUCGUUUACGAUGUUUGUGACGGGAAAGUUAGAACAGAUAGAAAGGGCCCUGGAGCCGGGUCAGGCGAAAGCGAAGGCGAAGGCGAAAUCGAGGUCUAA